CUGAACUGAACCAACCUCUUUCUGCACUCAUUGUGGAGCAAAAAAAUUCGUCAUGAAUUUGGACGAAAUCAUUGAACAACAUCUCGACAGCAAUCAGAGGUCUGGGCACUUGGCUACAUCUAAUGGAGUCAUCACUCAGGCGUCUCAGGGAUGGGAGCCUAACAACCUAGUCCUGCUCGAGAGUGGUUAUGUACAUACAGGAUUUGUUGAAGACGAGUCGCGUAUUUUCUUUCUAGACAAAGUUCAAUAUCAAAUUCCGAGUCGGUUGACUGCUUUGGCAGUUUCAAACAAUAUCUUAUUCAUGGCGAUGGAGACAAUGCACUUACUUCGUAUUGACCUCGAUAAAGCACAUGAAGUGGAGGACAUUGAAAUCCCGCGGAAGCCUUCUGAAGGCAAGAUUUACAAAAUUUUUUUCGACCCUACAGGGCGUCAUUUAAUCAUCACAACGGAAACAGGCGAUAACUACUACCUUUUUGCAAAGUGGAAGAAGGCGAAGCUGCUUUCCAAAAUUAGGGGUAUUGUCAUUGAGUCUAUCGCUUGGAACCGCUCAACAGAACGCCGCAACGAGUCUUCAACAAAGGAAUUUUUGAUUGGAACCAGGGAUGGCCUUAUAUUUGAAGCAGAAUUGGAACCAACAGCUGAACUAUUCAAAAAGGAAGAAAGAUACUUUAGACAGGUCUUCUCAAUAGGGGAAGCACAUGCUGGUAGUGAACGUUUGCCUAGACCCAAGAUGCCCAUUACUGGACUUCGCAUGGAGCAGUUUCCCGCCACCUUACGAAAAUAUGUUGUUAUCGCAGUAACACCCACACGUAUUUACCAAUUUAUCGGAUCGGUAACACCCAGUAAUUCUGGCGGUAUUAUUGGCAAUUCAGAAGAGAAAGCUUUGUUUGAAAAUCUCUUUUCCAAAUAUGAGGUUAAUCCAGUGUUUUCGGAAUUGCCUGGAGAUCUUCCUUACAGCGAACUGCACUUUUUCAGUCCAUUCCAGGAUUUACAAUAUCAGGGAGUAGCCAAGACUUUUGCUUGGCUUACAGGACCAGGAAUUUAUCAUGGCAACCUCGUUUUCGGGUCGCAAAAUGUUGGCGAAUCUGUUAUAGAUGCACCCCAGCUACUUCCAUAUCCUGCUACACGGCUCGAAGUAGACUCCACAACAACUGUAUCAGAAAUUCCAAUUGCAAUUGCAUUGACUGAAUUCCACUUCAUAUUACUAUACAAGGAACGGGUUAGAGCUGUAAAUCAACUCAAUGACCAAAUUGUGUUUGAUGAGCUUAUACCUUUGAAACCUAAUGAAGAAGUGCUUGGCAUGUCAGUGGAUACGACUAAAAACACUUUCUGGAUCUAUACCGGAAUAUCGCUUUUCGAGCUCGUUGUUACGAAGGAGGAUCGUGAUGUAUGGACGCUCUAUCUGGAAAAGAAACAGUACGAUAUGGCUCUUCAAUAUGCCAAAAACCCUGCUCAAAGAGACCGGGUGUUGACACUACAAGCAAAUUACAACUUUUCUCAAGGUCGAUACAUGCUCUCCGCAAAAUACUAUGCACAGUCAACAGUUCCAUUUGAGGAGGUGGCACUCAAGUUUGUAGAGCGUGAUGAAAGGGAUGCACUUAGAAGCUACCUCCUUGCCAAAGUUGAUAAACUCAGAAAAGGGGAUAUCACACAAAAAUAUAUCGUCUGUACAUGGUUGGUAGAGAUUUAUCUUAGCAAGCUAAAUCAACUUGAGGACCAAGCUGCAUCAUCAGCAUCAGAGUCGGACGUCCAGAAUUUCCUGGCGGAGCAAAGUGUUUUGGAAGAUGAAUUUAAAGGAUUCCUGGAAACAAACAAGAAUUACUUGGACAAAAAAACGACAUACAAGCUUCUGGCUUCACAUGGUCGCACAGAACAGUUGCUCUUUUAUGCCAUCCUGAUUGGGGACUAUGAGCGGGUGAUUUCGCAUUGGAUUCAAGAGAAGAAUUACAAGAAUGCCUUUGAGAUCUUGAGCAAACAAGAGUCACUUGAUACAUAUUAUCGCUUCUCUCCUGUCCUUAUGGAGAAUGCGCCCUACGAGACUGUAAGCGCUUGGAUGCGUCAGCCCAAUCUGAACCCCCGUAACCUGAUCCCAUCGCUUUUGAGGUACGACCAUAGGACGAUGGAUCCGGCUGCCCAGAAUCAGGCGAUUCGAUAUUUGUCAUAUGUAGUCUCUACUCUCGAAAAUACCGAUCCAGCAAUCCAUAACUUCCUAUUGACUCUAUAUGCAACGCAGCCAACACGGGAUGAAUCCCAGCUUUUGAAAUUCUUGGCAUCGGAGGGUCCUGCCAAGCAUUACAACUUGGAUUAUGCAUUGAGAAUUUGUACUCAAAAUAACAGAAUUCAGAGUUGUGUAAACAUUUUCAGUAGUAUGGGCCUCUAUGGCGAAGCUGUUGAUUUGGCGUUGAAACAUGGCGAUCUGGAGCUUGCCUGUAUCAAUGCCGAAAAGCCAACGGACGAUGAUAUGCUUCGGAAGACAUUAUGGCUAAAGAUUGCACGUCAUGUGGUAAAAGAAAAGAAGGAUAUCAAGGCCGCAAUGGACUUUUUAUCAAACUCUGACCUCCUCAAGAUCGAGGAUAUCUUGCCUUUCUUCCCAGACUUUGUGUUGAUUGAUGAUUUCAAGGACGAGAUUUGCAAGGCCUUGGAGGAAUACAAUCUACACAUUGACGAGCUAAAGACUGAGAUGGACGAGGCAACGAAGAGUGCAGAGAACAUUCGAAUCGAUGUUCGUGAGCUGAGAUCUCGGUUCGCGAUUGUGGCGUCAACGGAGCGGUGCACAUCAUGCGAUUACCCGUUGCUGACGCGCCAGUUUUAUGUGUUUCCAUGUCAACAUACGUUUCAUGCGGAUUGUCUGAUCAAGAACUUGACGCCGUUUUUGUCUACGAGACAAUUGAAGCGGCUGGAUGAGCUACAGGAUCAGAUCCAGAACGAGAUGCAGAAUCAACAAAAGAUGAUGCUGAUGAACGGAAAUCAUUCUUUACAGCCCUUGACGGUAGCAAGCGGGAAUGCGUCCCAAAGUUUGAAUGCAAGUCAUGCUACAGGUUCGACUGGAGGGGGGCUAACUCAUCUACCGAAUCAUCUGAUUGGCCAAACAGGAGCAGCAGUGAUGGCGAUCGGAGGCGCGAUAGGCGCAGGCGGUAAGGCCAUGGUGAAUGGAGGGGUGGCUAUUGCGACAACGGCAGCAGGGACGGCAGCAGGGGUGUUUAAGGAUGUGAUUUUUGCAGAUGGCAAGGAGGUAGCGGGCUUGGGAUUAGGACUUGGAGGAGGCUCUGGUGUAGGACAGAAUGGAGGUAGCGGUGGAGAUGAUAUGGUCGUGGUUGUGCCUCGGUUAGAGUUACUGAGGGACGAAUUGGAUGAUCUUGUAGCAUCUGAAUGUUUGUUGUGUGGCGAGUUGAUGAUUAAGACGAUUGAUCAACCAUUUUUGUCGAGCGAUGAACACGAGCUGGAGUUGUCAUGGGGUGUACAGUAAUGUUUCUUUUGAGAGGAGAUAAUCAAAUGUUUAAAGACGUCGAAUUCUCUCCCAUCCUCAUCCAUAGACAUAUGCCAUCGUCUCUCUUAUUGUUUAUCUCUCUCUCUCUCUCUUUCUUUCUUUUCAAGCGGGUUGGAAUACGCUCCAUACCCAUGUUACUGU